CCCCGCCUCAGAAUUUCCUUCGAUUAAGCUCAAUUAUGGCACCAAUUGACAAGAAGAGGAAGACUGGUCCCACGAACGAAUCUUUUGCGCGAUCAAGGAAACCUGUCGAAGAAGAAAGUCGACCUUCAAAAAGAUUGAGACAGGAAGACAAGCACGAGAGCAAGACGACAACUCCCAAGACGACAACUCCCAAGACGACAACUCCCAAGACUUCUCUGGUUCCAAAGAUUACAAAGGCGCGGGAAGAAGAUGCUGCCUUUCCUAGAGGUGGAGCAAGUCUCUUGACUCCGUUGGAGCACAAGCAAAUUCAAAUCCAAGCUACUCGAGAUGUUUUGUUUGAACAAAGCGCAAAGUCGUCAAAGACGAACGAGGAUGGCACAACUAACGGCACAGCCGAUCGCAAGAAGCAAAAAUCGAGGUCCAAGGGAAAGGGUAAGAAGGCUGCAGAGGAGCCCGAGCCAGAAGAAGCGGAUGUGAAAAUUGAGGGAUUGAGUUACAAGCGAAUUGUGCCAGGAUCACUAGUACUAGGCCAAGUUUCCCAAGUCAAUGAUCACGAUAUUGCCCUGUCACUGCCGAACAAUUUGACUGGCUACGUGCCAAUAACCUCUAUUUCCGAUAAGAUCACUGAGAGGAUCGAGGCAAUCGCAACCAAGGAAGACUCAGAAGAAGAUGACGAGCAAGGUAAUUCUGAAGACAUUGAAUUAGGGAGACUUUUCUCCAUAGGCCAAUACCUCCGAGCUUAUGUCAUGUCUACUGGCGACGACGAUUCCGCAACACCAGGAAAAUCCAAGAGACGAAUAGAACUAUCACUGAAGCCUCAGCAGUCGAACAACUCCCUAUCACAGCGAAAUGUUAUCACCAACAGCACGCUUAUGGCAUCGGUGAAAAGUGUCGAAGAUCACGGCCUUGUCAUGGAUCUGGGUCUUGAUGACCCCGAAAUGAAAGGAUUCAUGGGAGCCAAGGAGAUUCCAUUUGGUGCUAAGCUCUCAGAUAUCAUAGAGGGUGCAGUCUAUCUCUGUGUGGUCACGGGCCUCAGCUCCAAUUCCAAAAUCGUGAAGCUAUCUACGGAUGUGCGGAAAAUUGGCGAUAUAAAGAAACAGAACUUUUUGUCCGAAGCACCUGCUGUUGAUGCCUUCCUACCAGGUACAGCAGUUGAAGUCCUAAUUACGGAUGUGUCAUCUAGAGGAUUAGCUGGAAAGAUAAUGGGUAUGGUCGACGUUACGGCAGAUCUCAUGCAUUCCGGGGCUGCCAUUGAUGGGAAAGACCUGCAGGCCAGGUAUAAGAUCGGUUCUAAAGCAAAGGCCAGAAUCAUCUGCACCUUCCCCACCUCCGAUCCGCCCAAGCUCGGAGUAUCGCUUCUUGACCACGUGGUUUCUUUGCGCUCUCAACUGGCCACAAAAGAUGGUGAGAAACAACAUCCUCUAGAAAUCCUACCACUGUCAACGAUCAUCGAAGAAAUUACUGUCAAAAAAGUAGAAUCGGGAGUUGGCCUUUUGGUUGACGUCGGAUUGGAGGGCGUCUCUGGAUUUGUGCACAUCUCUCGCGUUAAGGAUGGCAAAAUUGAGAACCUUUUCGAGUCGAGUGGGCCAUACAAAGUUGGCUCAAGUCAUCGAGGUCGACUUGUCGGUUACAACUUGCUUGACGGCAUGUAUCUCGUAUCGAUGGAGGCUAGCAUCCUGGAACAACCCUUUCUGCGAAUCGAGGAUUUGACUGUGGCCGAAGUAGUCAAAGGAAAGGUUGAGAAGAUUGUUGUCGACGCUUCUGGUGUUGGUGGCCUCUUGGUCACUCUGGCCGAAGGCAUCACCGGUCUUGUUCCAAAAACUCACAUGUCUGACAUUCAACUACUUCACCCGGAGAAGAAAUUCAAAGAAGGACUAGCUGUGACUGCUCGGGUGUUAUCUACGGAUCCAGGCAAACGGCAAUUUCGGUUAACCUUGAAGAAGAGUUUAGUCAAUUCUGAAGCGGCGCCGUUUAUCAAUUACAAUGAGAUCGCUCCUGGCAUGCAGAGUCCUGGGACGAUCGUUAACAUCCUUCCGAAUGGCGCCGUGGUUCAAUUCUAUGGCACGAUACGAGGCUUCUUGCCUGUGGCUGAGAUGAGUGAGGCUUACAUACAAGAUCCUAAUCAACACUUCCGCGUUGGACAAGUUGUGAAUGUUCAUGUUCUCACAGUUGACGCGGAGAAAGAAAAGCUACUAGUUUCUUGCAAAGACGCGUCCACAUUCGGAGCUGCCCAGCAAGCUGCGAUGCAGAAGCUGAAGAUAGGCGACAUCGUCUCGGCUGUCGUCACAGAGAAGUCCAGCGACGACAUAUCUGUCGAACUUCAAGGCCUUGGCAUUCGUGCCGUGCUUCCAGUCGGACAGCUUACCGACGGAUCUUCUUCCAAGAACGCAUCUGCGCUGAAAAGGAUCCGCGUCGGGCAGACUCUGGCUGAUCUAGCAGUCCUCGAAAAGAUGGAGCAGAAACAUCUUGUAGUCCUGACUAACAAGCCUAGUCUCGUCGCAGAUGCCAAGAACCGAGUACUCUUGAGAAGCUUUGACGACGUCAAGGAGAACAAGACAGUCCAUGGAUUUGUCAGGAACGUGACCCUCACAGGAGUUUUUGUUCAGUUUGGAGGGAACUUGACGGGCUUGUUGCCUAAGAAUAAGCUACCUUCAGAUACUAUCAGCCUUCCCGAGUUUUGUCUCAAAAAAUAUCAAUCCUUAGAAGCCAAGGUGAUAUCUGUUGAUCACAGUCAGCGGAGAUUUCUACUCUCUAUGGUGGAUGCUGGCCGCAAACAAGAACCCACGGAGGAACAAUCUUCCAAUACCACGAUUAGUCGGCCUGUCAUCGACCCAAUCGACAGCACGAUCUCGAGCAUGGAAGACUUUUCUCUAGGGAAACUGACGAAAGCAAGAAUAGCAUCUAUCAAGGAUACGCAGAUCAAUGUACAACUUGCAGCUGGUAUUCAAGGUCGAAUUGACGUCUCACAAGUUUUCGAUUCUUGGGAUCAGAUAAAAGACCGGAAGAGGCCUCUGCGACCUUUCUCAUCCAAGCAAAUUGUCAAUGUCCGAGUCCUUGGCAUCCACGACGCACGAAACCACCGCUUUCUACCGAUUUCGCACAGAGGAGGAAAAAACUUUGUCUUCGAGCUUUCAGCGAAGCCCAGUGACCAGUCAGAGUCAUCUCAAGGGCCAUUAACGCUUGAUCAAGUCAAAGUUGGUUCUUCACAUCUUGUUUUCGUGAACAAUAUUACCGAAGAUGGUUUAUGGGUAAACCUUUCGCCUAACGUUCGGGGUAAGAUAAAGGCACUGGACGUGUCCGAUGAUGUGUCUCUGCUGGGUGACCUCGAGUCAAACUUUCCUGUUGGUUCAGCUCUUAGAGUUCACGUUACCAACGUGGACGUGGCCAACAAUCGAUUAGACCUUUCUGCUCGUUCCAGCAAGACAUCUGAACCACUGACGUUCAAGAAUCUCAGUAAAGGCAUGGUUGUGCCAGGAAAGGUGACCAGAGUCAACGAAAGACAGGUCAUGAUUCAGCUUAGUGACAGAAUAUCUGCUCCUGUACAUCUGACUGAUCUUACCGAUGAUUUUUCAUUGGCGGAUCCAACAAAAUAUUCGAAGAACGACAUUGUUCGGGUUUGUGUAACGGAAAUUGAUGCGCCAAACAAGAGAAUUACUUUGUCUGCUCGACCUUCAAGGGUCCUUGACUCGUCUCUGUCCGUGCAAGAUCCCGAGAUAAUAUCAGUUUCUCAAUUGAAAGUCAAUGAUAUUGUGCGAGGUUUUGUCAAGAACGUACACGACAAAGGCUUGUUCGUUGCAAUUGGGGCCAAUGUCACUGCCUACGUUCGAGUAUCUGAACUUUCUGAUUCAUUUCUCAAAGACUGGAAAUCGGAAUUUGAGGUUGAUCAACUCAUCAAGGGGAAGAUUACGAAGGUUGAUCUGGAGAACAAUAACGUCCAAAUGUCCUUGAAGGCUUCAGUCUUAGACAAGGAUUAUGUGGCGCCACUCGCUUUCGAAGACAUGAAGGUUGGCCAGAUCAUCACUGGCAAGAUCAGAAAGGUGGAAGAUUAUGGCGUGUUCAUUGUUGUCGACGGGUCACAAAACGUCAGCGGGCUCUGUCAUCAAAGUCAGAUGGCCGACAAGGGUGUAAAGGAUGUCAGAAAGCUAUACGAUGAAGGCGACGUUGUCAAAGCCAAAGUGUUGAGAAUCAAUCCCGAAAAGAGACAGAUCAACUUCGGCCUCAAAGCGUCUUAUCUUGGUGAGACUGGAGAUUCGGAUAGUGAGGAGGCUGAUGACGCAGCGGAUGCUAUGGAAGGCAUCAGAAUAGCCGGCUCUGACGUGGAAGAUGAUGACUCCGAUGACGAGGCUGGUGGUGUCGACCUCGACGAUAUUGAAAGCAUUGGCAGCGCUGCUGUACAGAACCAAGAUGACUCCGAUAAAGAAAUGGCGGACGCAGACGAGGAAAAUGUUGCCGGUCUCAGUGCUGGUGGCUUUGAUUGGUCAGCCGAUAUUCUCAACCAAGCUGAAGACCAGUCUAGCGUGGCUUCUGAUGAUGAUGAGAUGAAGGAGCAGCCGAAGAAAAAGAAGAAAAGAAAGGCGGAAAUCCAAGUCGACAAGACAGGUGAUUUGGAUGCUAAUGGCCCACAAUCUGCUAGCGACUUUGAAAGACUGCUUCUUGGGCAGCCAGAUUCAUCUCAGCUUUGGAUCCAGUACAUGGCUUUUCAGAUGCAACUUAGUGAACUAAGCAAAGCAAGGGAAGUGGCUGAGCGUGCUAUCAAGAUAAUCAAUAUCAGAGAGGAGACGGAAAAGAUGAAUGUUUGGAUAGCUCUACUCAAUCUAGAGAACGCGUACGGCAGCGACGAGACUGUCGAGGAGAUUUUCAAGCGGGCAUGCCAAUACAAUGAUGCUCAGGAGAUUCAUGAGCGGUUAGCCAGUAUCUACAUACAAUCUGGCAAGAACAACAAAGCCGACGAGAUCUUCCAGGUGCUUGUUAAAAAAUUCUCGCAAUCACCGACGGUUUGGUAUAAUUAUGCUCAUUUCCUGCACUCAACGCUAUCAUCGCCAGAUCGUGCGCGAGCUCUUCUUCCCCGAGCAACUCAAUCACUACCACCACAUACGCACCUGAACCUUACUCUUAAAUUUGCUGCUUUGGAAUUCCAUUCUCCAGCUGGCUCUGCAGAGCGAGGGCGAACAAUGUUCGAGUCGCUGGUCUCUACGUUCCCCAAGAGACUCGAUAUUUGGAAUCAGUUGCUUGAUCUGGAAAUGCAGCAAGGCGACCAAGAUGUCAUUCGAGGUGUUUUUGAGCGUGUUGUAAAGACUAAAGGACUCAAGCCGAAGGGUGCAAAAGCUUGGUUCAAGCGAUGGGCAGAGUGGGAAGAGAAGAACGGGGACAAAAAGAGUCAGGAGAAGGUGAAGGCAAAGGCCGAAGAGUGGGUCUUGAAUGCAGCCCGAAAGAAAGGAGUAGCAGAGGAUAAUGAUGAUGACUGAGGGUAGAGAUGAACAAUUUGCUUUUGCAUAGCAUUGGAGUAUGGAGACCAAAAAAUGGAAAUUGUCUGUC